AUGGCUGUAUUACAAACUGAAGGCUUCGGUACGUUGCUAUUCGAUAUUACAUUUUGCUUUGCAGGUGUUCGCAUCAAACGAGAACCAGAAAUAAACUUGGCGGGACCCCUGUCAUUCUUCGAAGAUGACUCUCAGGAAACAACCAAAUCAAGCAAAGCCACUUCUAAAGCCGCUGGCAUUGGUGUGGGAGGCGUUUCUGGGAUUGUGACGCCUGGUCAUGGGGCCAGUGGAAAUCUGUUUAGUUCCUUUGGUGCUAUCACCAAGCCUCCUUCAGGAAUUGACCUAGGGAAAGGUUCCCAAUACAACGGGACCCCAACUGUUGGCCUAGGACAUCCGGCAACUAAGCCACCAUCCAUUUAUGAGCAAGGGCCACAAACCGAGGAUUAUGAUACGGCAGAGGGUGGUGGAAUCGGAGGAGGACUUCUCGGUCUUAAGACGAGUAAACAACCAAUAGGUGGCAUGAAUGAGGGACAAGCGCAACCAGGAGUUGAAGGCUUGAUGGACAGCUUUGGAAGUGCCACAACAAGCAGUAGUCUUAAGAAAAAAGGUAUUUUGUUCAACACCGCAGCUGGAUCAGCUACUGGAACAACUGGUUCUCAGCCAAAUGGAUCUUCAUUUAACACGGUCACCGGAGCUUUAACUCAUUUAGGCAGCGGCCAUCCCACAUCCACUUCCAAAAAUCUAAAUGAUGACUCUUCAGAUGAGAGUGAUUUUGACGAACCGCUGCCAGGAAUCCAUGCCACCGGGACCUCGAAGAAGUCAGUAUGGGACACAGUGGCUAACCCAAGUACGGAGACCUCUACAGUAGAUGCUUUUAAACAUGCACCACCAAAACUUUAA